CUUCGCAAGCCUCUCGGUGGCGUUGCCUCCACAGCAGCGGCCGAUGGAACACGAGGAGACAACGCCCUCCGUCGCGUAUGAGCUGCGCCGGCGCAUCCUCGACUUUUGGUGGAGUGCUGCCGGCCAGGAGGUGACGCUGCGCAUGCGGGAGAGCACACUCUCCCGUGGCGCGAUUGCCGCCGUCGACGCGGCGCAGAGCAUGCUGCACGUCCGGCAGCUGGAGACUCCCAUCGGCACAUACCCGUGCGCCACGGUGCGCGCGACCGACGUGCUUGCCGUCGAGUUCGAGCGGCCCUGGCUCCUCGAGUGCCCGCUCCCGCCACCGCCGCCGCCCGACAGCGGCGGCCACACGGCCUGGGUGCGCGCCGCGGCCGCUGCGGUGUGCCCGCCGGCAGCGAGCGAGGCGCCCGCCGAUGAAGCGCGCAGCUCCGCCGUGGCGCCCGCCGUUGCCUGCCGCUUGCUUGCGUGCCGCGGCGCAUGCCACGAGCAAUGGGACGGCCGGAGGCGCGAGACGCACAAGUACUGGAAGCAGCGGUACCACCUCUUCAAGUCCUUCGACAAGGGCGUCCUCCUCGACCGCGAGGGGUGGUUCUCAGUCACGCCCCAGGCGAUCGCGCGCCACAUCGCCCGCCGCUGCCAGUCGGACGUGAUCAUCGACGCCUUCACCGGCGCCGGAGGCAACGCCAUCCAGUUUGCGCGCACGUGCAGCCACGUCAUCGCGAUCGACAUCGACGCCUCGCGGCUGCGGCUCGCGCGGCACAACGCCGCCGUCUACGGCGUCGCCGACCGGAUCGAGUUCAUCCACGGCGACUUCCUCGCCCUCGCGCCUCGGCUGGCCGCCGACGUGGUCUUCCUUUCGCCUCCGUGGGGCGGGCCGGACUACGCCUCCGCGCCCGUCUUCGACCUCGACACGAUGAUGGGCGGGCUCGAUGGCGCUGAGAUCCUGCGUGCGUCGUUGCGCGUGGCGCCGAACGUGGGCUAUUUUCUGCCCAAGAACGUGGACGUGGGGCGCGUCGAGGAGCUCGCCGCGGAGCUGUGCGACGGCGCACUCGAGCUGGAGGAGUGCGUGGGGGUAAACAGCCAGGUGAAGGCUCUCAUGGCGUACUACGGUUUCACAGAGGAUGAGGAGGAGUGGUGAGAGGUGAGAGGUGAUCCCUUCCUCGAGAGAAAUCGUGCGUAAAACGCUU